UGUGUCUAUAGGUAGGUAGUAUAGCGGUGUACCAACAUUCGGAUGGCAACAUACUUCGCUUCUUCAGUUUCUAUUUCAAAGCUAAAAAUAUAUGUGCGCAUGCGCAAUAUCUCACACUAUUCAUAAUACGGGACAAUAAUGUAAGGAAGCAAUAUUUUUAUUAACAAUCGAUUUCUUGGAAAUUUUUAGCAGUUCAUUGAAUAAAAUUAAAUACAAACUUAAUAGACACUUGUGAAGUCUCGCGUAAUCAGUGCAGCCUCAACUAAGCGCUGAUUUUUAGAGGUGAAUAUGUCACGAUACAAGCAGCCUAAGAAGUUGGAGACGCUAGCAUUAAGCGGUCUGGGGGAUUGGAUAGCACAACAAGCUGAACAACAGAUGAUACCAAUUAUAAUGCUUUCGCAACGUGACACCAACGAAGCUCAAUCAGCUCUGACACGUAAUAUUGAUAAAAUUCGAGAAUAUUUAGAUAUUAACGUUCCUUGGAUGCUUCACGACUUAUUGGUAAAUCAAACUAUUAGAGCACUAUCAGAACUGCUUGAAAAGACCAAGCAAUCUUUGGGAUUUAGACGCAACAUGGGGAAAUUCGUCAGUCAAAUGAAUGUAAUUAUAAGAAUGGCUGAAGUGCUUUUUACAAAAAAUUUAACGAUCGUGUCAAUUGAUACUAUUCCAAAGAUGUUGCGUUCAGUAUUUUACUCUAAAUUAUAUAUGCUUAACGGACUAGUCUCCCUAAACUUAGGAUCAUUAUCCGGAGGUUGGAAAACGGCAGACAUGGAAGAUGCCAUUAUUAAAUCAUUAAAAGAGCUACAUCGCUUAAAAUGUUUAACUAUGAAUUAUGAUUGUACAAAUAAUAUACUACAAUGCAUCGUAGAUAAUUGCCAUCUUCUAGAAAAAUUAGACGUCUCUUGUUCAAAAUGUAUUACAAACGACAGUAUGGAUAUUGUUGCGAAAAUAAAAAAAAUAAGAAGCAUCCAGCUAUACAGAACUUUUGUGACUAUGGAAGGAUUUAUAAAGUUGCUUUUGAAGUGCAAAAACAUCGAAGAUAUAGGUAGAUGUGACGACAUAGGCAAGAUUUUAGAGCACAUUGAUCUUAAUUAUUCAGAUGGCAUAACAUUUCAUUUAAAGACUUAUGUUAGUCGCUAUGCAACAAAUAAUCAAUUACAGUUAGCUGUUCAAAUGUGUCCCUAUAUAAGAAGCAUGACUGUUUUUCACAACACUUUACAAAGUGAUCUAAUGGUUUUAAUAGGUUUACAAGACCUCAGAGAGCUUAAGUUGUUGUCAUGCGACUUUUAUGCAGAUCAAAUAAAGCAAGUUCUUCAAGUUAAAGGUUGUAAUCUUGUACAUCUACACUUAGAACACGUCGAUCAAAUUGAUUUAAAUGCUCUUAUGUAUAUAAGUCAAAUGUGUCCUUUUUUAGAAAGUCUAACUUUAUAUAAUUGUACACUUAUACAGCAUACGUCCUUAUUUACAAAAAAAUUAGAAAUUGAACCUUUUCGUAAUCUUAAAAAAAUUACUUUCGUGUCCACGUGUACAGAAGAACAAUUACUAUUCAUUCUCACUAAUUGCUUGAAUGUACAAUUCAUUCACAUAGGGACGGCAAUACAACUUACCGACGACGUAAUGUUUAAAAUAUUAGACAAAAAUCCACUGAUUUAUUUAAAAGAAUUACGUAUAAUGCAAUCUGACUACUUAUCAAUGAUAUCUGUAGACAGAAUUAUUCAAAGUUGUAUGAGUUUGGAAAUAUUGGUAGAGUUAGAGAGUUGGUCUCUUUUGACUGAAAAUGAUCGUGAACAUAUCAGAAACUAUAUCAAGAUAAACAAUUAUAAUAUAGACACGGCUCCAAUCAGAAGAUAUGACGCUUAAAACCUAUAUUAAUGUACUGCACAUUACACACGAACUUGCUGUAAUAGUUUUCUUAAAUGUAGGUACCACGUGAAAACUACUUCGUUUUUGAUGUAAAAAAUAUUCUGUGUUGGUAAUACAAUAGUUUUACAAAGAAAUAAAUAAAUUAAAACCUAAAAUAACUGCUAACCAUUGCAAAACCAAAGUUCGAAAGCGUGUACGUAUUCAUAUUACAUUAUCAAAACAUAACGCCAUGUAAUUCUCGAAGAGGUAUUUCUCGCCGAGUGGGAAUUUUUUUUUCCCGAUUUUCAUCAUAGACGAGCAAAAGCUAGUAGAUAGAUAUUUUACAAAAUGAUGUAAUUGCCUUCCAUUCGAAAUCAAAGAACGAUCACGAACCUGCCUAUAACAUCGAUCUGACGACACGUAACUAUAACGUUUUCCACGUCACGGCAACGUCUGAGGUGUUAGCACACGAUUGACACGAUGAAUGCCGUCACCGCGCCGCUGUCUGACCAUGGCCUGGCAUGAGCCUGUGCUGCUGGGUGCGAGAGAUUGUUGCCGCUGAUCGCUUCCCUGAGGAUAGGAUUGACUGCACGGUUGGUGAGGGGUCUGAGCAACUGGCUGCCGCGCAAUGUGGCACGGGUUCGAUUCCCGCACAGUACAACCCUUUGUGGUUCGCGGAUUGUUAAACUCGUGUUUUUAAACGCACCAACGACACAGGAGAAAAUCCUAAUGUGGGUAAAAGUUCAAAAAAAAAAGAGAAAGAUACAGUGGUGCUCAGCCCAAGUAGAGCACACCUCGACAGUAUGUUCCGGCUUGUCACACUGGGGAGUUUUUUGCAACAGGUACCGUCCGUAAAGCGUGAAAGGCAAGGACGCCGUGGCAUCUCACUAGCCAGUCCUCAAAGAGUGGUCUUACCGCUGCUAUAACGUGACUCUGUUGCAACAGUCUUCACUGACUGAGAUUAGAUUGUAGCGGGCUCAGCGCGACUCGUAAUCUACAGUAUAACUGGACGACAACGGCAGUGCGGUGACGGCUUCAUAUGCAGGAAAGCUAGCGGGGUACAUUACCAUACUGUUGGGUUUCAGUUAGUGUGCAGUAAGGAGUUUCAUCCAAAUAAUACAAAAUAGCUGUUACAAUCAAAAUCACAUAAGAAUCACACCUGAACCUAAAACACACGUCAAAAGUUUUUCCAUACAGAAAACCCCAACAUGUUACGCAGCAACCAGUUG